CUUUAAGGGACAAUAGGAUCGAGCUGGUUCGGGCUUCCUGGCAUGAACUGAGUAUCAGCGUCAGUGAUGUCUCUCUCUCUGAUGAAGGACAGUACACCUGUUCUUUAUUUACAAUGCCUGUCAAAACUUCCAAGGCCUAUCUCACUGUUCUGGGUGUUCCUGAGAAGCCUCAAAUUAGCGGAUUUUCAUCCCCAGUUAUGGAGGGAGACUUGAUGCAGCUGACUUGUAAAACAUCUGGUAGUAAACCUGCAGCUGAUAUAAGAUGGUUCAAAAAUGACAAAGAGAUUAAAGAUGUAAAAUAUUUAAAGGAAGAAGAUGCAAAUCGCAAGACUUUCACGGUCAGCAGCACACUGGACUUCCGAGUGGACCGAAGCGACGAUGGCGUGGCGGUCAUCUGCAGAGUAGACCAUGAAUCUCUCAAUGCCACCCCUCAGGUGGCCAUGCAGGUGCUAGAAAUACACUAUACACCAUCAGUUAAGAUUAUACCAUCCACUCCUUUUCCACAAGAAGGACAGCCUUUAAUUUUGACUUGUGAAUCCAAAGGAAAACCACUGCCAGAACCUGUUUUGUGGACAAAGGAUGGCGGAGAAUUACCAGAUCCUGACCGAAUGGUUGUGAGUGGUAGGGAGCUAAACAUUCUUUUCCUCAACAAAACGGAUAAUGGUACAUAUCGAUGUGAAGCCACAAAUACCAUUGGCCAAAGCAGUGCAGAGUAUGUUCUCAUUGUACAUGAUGUUCCCAACACUUUGCUUCCCACUACUAUCAUCCCCUCCCUUACCACUGCAACAGUCACAACCACUGUAGCCAUAACAGCCAGCCAAACCACAUCUGCAACAUCCAGCAACAUACGAGAUCCCAAUGCUCUGGCUGGCCAGACUGGCCCUGAUCAUGCUCUUAUAGGAGGAAUUGUGGCUGUAGUUGUAUUUGUCACUCUGUGUUCUAUAUUUUUGCUCGGACGGUAUCUGGCAAGACAUAAAGGAACAUAUUUAACAAAUGAAGCUAAAGGAGCUGAAGAUGCACCAGAUGCUGACACAGCCAUUAUCAAUGCUGAGGGCAGCCAAGUCAAUGCUGAAGAGAAAAAAGAAUAUUUCAUUUAAGAUGCAGGCCAAGAUUCUGAAUUUUACUUACCACACUGGCUGCUGGAGAAAACUGGCUAUCAUCUUUCAGAAUUCAUUUCUAUCAUCUUCUGCUACCUUUAUUAACUUCCAUACCGUACUGCUAUCAGUAGCCAGUGUAUACCAACAAUCAGCUGUCGAAAGCAUCAUUCUUUAAUUACUGUACCAUCCAUAAUGCAGGACAUUUCUUACUGCCUAAAUUCCACACCAUUGCUCUUUUAACAUACAGUGCUUGAAUAUACAGCCUUAACAAUGUUAAUCAUCUCCUUGGAUCAUGAUAUUGAAUUGUUUUUAUACAUUGAAAAAAAUGUAUGCAGAGGUUUUUUUCCCCUCAUUUUUUGUCCCCUUUAAAUCAAAGACCUUGUCAGUUUACCAUUGGACAGCUUUCACAAGUAACAAGAUUAGGUAAAGACCUAAUGUGCUUAAGUUCAAUCAGAUGUUAGAGGUUUACGAUGUUUUCUACAUGUCUAUAUUCAAAGACAUGUUUUGGAAACAUAUGCCCUAAAAGACAAAAACUGAAAAAGACUACUGUAGUAUAGAUUCUGGAAUGUUUGAGAUUGUACUGGUAAAGCUGUAUCAAUUCACUAUUUAAAAAUUUAGUAUUUGAUACAGGAGCCAUGUAUAUGGAUUGCAAUCAGGACAUGCUAUCUUAUAUAAUUAUAUAGAUCUUACCAUUAGGUUAUUUUAGCUUCAUAUACCAAUAAAUUGUUACAAACAUUUUACUGUUUUGGGAAUCACAAAACUUUCAUUCAUUUCUCUAAUUUGAUUCUGUAAUUUAUUUGUUCCACAAAGACUCACCUGCCUAAACAAAAUUGAAAUAUCCAUAGGGCACAAUUUUGAGACAUUUUAGUAUCUGUAUAUAGUGCAUAUAAUAAAUCCAAUUAAACAUUAUUUGAUACAUAUUUAACUUUUUUGGCUGUAGGUAAUUCAGUCAUGAGUAAGCAUUUUCUAAUGUCCAUUAUAUCUCUUUAGAUAUUACUUAAACCAAUAUAAUAAGUAGGUAACAUGUAUUAGUAUUUUUGUCUGUAUGUCCUAGCACUGUUCAACAACAAAUUUUUCUAGUUCUUGUUAAUUUUUAUUUGUUAUACAAUGGAAGCACAAUGUUAUAAGGAAAGGUAAUUUUAAGCUAACAACCAGUGCACAGCCUCAGGUUUUAAAUUACAACCACAGUUGAAUAAUAAUCUAAAAAUAAACUCUUAGUUUGCUAAAAAUUUUCAAAUUUUAAUUUGGCAGUUCCAGAGCUGCUUACCUAUGUUGGUUUGCCAAAAAGAAGUGUUUAAGAUAUGUUUUCUGUAUAAAUGAACUAAUUCUUUAUAUUAAA